CUUUAGGCUGGGACUUUCAGUUUAAGUUGGAAUCCACCAAAGAGCAAGGGAGGCUCCGAGGCCUCGAGGCUGGGGGCUCUGCGACACCCGCUGUGGAGGGGUUUUGGGGGAGGGAAACAUAUUGAAGGGUGCCCACAGCCCUACUGCACCUCCGUCCUGCAGGUAGCGCCCGGGGCGGCCCGUCUGAGCUGAGCGUCGGUCUGCGAGCGGGGGCCAGAGGCCAUUCUUCAUCCUUCAACCCGGACAAGAGCUGCUUCUCAUCUUUUAUCUUCCGGUCGCCGCCUCUGUCCAUCAGAGCAUCUUUGCCUCGGUACCAGUUAUGUCACAUUCAGUUGGUGGUUUAUCGGAAGGCGCAGCGUACGGGACCCGGAUCGGGAUGACGGAGGACUCCCUCGAGCUGCUGGAGAGAACCAGAGGCUCUGCAGAACCCUGGGACCUCGGCGACACCAAACAGGGCGUGCCGGGCCUCUACCUGUCCUGCUUCGACAUGCUCCUCACGGAAGACGCCACCUGGCUGGUGAAGGUAUCGGAGGCCUGCCCGGCGCUGGCUGCACCCAUGACUCGCAUGGAGCCCGAGGACGAACCAGAGCAGUGCCCCGUCAUCGACAGCCAGGAACAGGGCCUCUCUCCUGGGCUGGAGUGUCAAGAGGACGAGCGCUCUCUGGAGCAGGUGCAGAGCAUAGUGGUGGGAGAAGUGCUGAAGGACAUCGAAACUGCCUGCAAACUGCUCAAUAUCACCGCAGACCCCAUCGAGUGGAACACGGGGAACGUCCAGAAGUGGCUGCUGUGGAUCGAACAUCUGUACCGGUUGACCCACGCAGGAAACGCCUUCGAGGACCUGACGGGGAAGGACCUGUGCGCCAUGAGCGAGGAGGAGUUUCGCCAGCGCUCGCCGCAGUGCGGAGACACGCUGCACGCACACCUGGACAUAUGGAAGUCAACUGCCUGGAUGAAGGAAAGGUGUUCAGUCGGAGAGACAAAAACUACAGGCGGCGAGGACCUUUGGUCCGAGGCAGAUUCCUCUUGUUCCGGUCAGCCCAUCCAUCUGUGGCAGUUCCUCAAAGAGCUGCUAAGGAAACCUCACAACUAUGGACGCUGCAUACGCUGGCUCAAUAAAGAAAAAGGCAUCUUUAAAAUCGAAGACUCGGCCCACGUGGCCAGGCUGUGGGGACUCCGAAAGAACCGACCCGCCAUGAACUACGACAAGCUGAGCCGCUCCAUACGCCAAUACUACAAGAAGAACAUCAUCCGCAAGCCCGACGUGUCCCAGAGACUGGUGUACCAGUUCGUUCACAAAGUGUGAGGCGGCGGCGUAGUGAGGAGGAGGAGGAGGAGGAAGAGGAGAUGGUGAUGACAACGUGCCAAACUAAAAAGCCCCACUGUCUCGCCGUGCACUUGAACCCCGACGCCGCAGAUGAAAAGGUGACAGUAAACUUGUGCACUGACCAACCCCCGAUGGUACACACUUCCACCGCCAGCACUGAGGCAACAGCUGCCGCUUGAAGGCCGAUCCGCGCCGAGAGGAACGGGACGAAACCGUGUGGCCGGUGAGACCACACAUUAAAAAAGAAGCAAAAGCUAAAAAAAAAGAAAGUAAUUUAUUCUUUCCAUAAUGUGAUUCUAAAAUGAUCCUCACUGCAGAGUUCAGGAAAACGCCCACGGGGGCGUGGGCUUUGUCUCUUCGUUUCGCUCACCUUGACCGGUGUGUCUGUUUGAGUUGGAGCCCGUUGUUCCGGCCUCCGUCGGUUGGGAACAUCUUAGCGUCUCCUUGUGUUUGGUCCUAAACACACAAGCAGUCCGACGACUCCUGUAAUUCAUCAAUCAUAUUUUUUUUUCUCAUCUGAAACGUACAAAGAGAGAGAGUGAAAACCUAUUAUCAAACACCGAUAAAUAUAUAUGUGUUUUUUUUUUUAUAGGUGUAACUUGGUAAGGAGGGACACAUUUCCUAAAUAUUGUUUCACCUGGCUUUAUAUUUCACGCUGUAAACUUGAAUGUAUUGCUUUUUAAAAUGUGUUUGUAUUGCUGUAUAUUGCAUUUUAUGUCGUGGAUGUUUUUUUAUUACAAAGCCCCCAAAAGUUCAGUAAAAUAAAUAAUCAUCUAAAUAAAUACAGGACAAAAUUGAUGAAACCAUAAAAUUGUAAAAUAAUCCAAUGAAUUUAAUGUUAAUUUAAUGGUCGUUUAAUGGAGUGAAAUAUCUUGACAAUAUCAUAACGUUUGGCGGCAGCCUGCAGGUCUAAAAGAAAAACAAUACAACGUUCUUUAAACUUGCUUUUUCUCAAAUAGCCAAGAGCGAUUUCUCUGGUUACAACAAUAAGACAGAUUGUAAAGAAGUUUAUGAGAGAAUGACUCGACUUCUCACAUGAUUAGUAACUGUUGACUUGAUGUUCUCUUUUCUAGUUUCAAGUCUUCUUCAAUGCAGCGUGAUGUUCAUUUAGGACAUGAGAGUCCCAUUUAGAGUGGAAUAGACCCUAAAGUAUGCUUUAGGGUGGGGCUGCCUUGUGAUUGGUCAUCGAUGUCUCCUUUAAGUGUGUUUUCAGUGAGAGAAGGUUAACUGUAACGAUUUGGUGUCUUACUCAGCUUUUAGUUCUACUUAGCUCCGCCCUCUUGUGUCGCUUCUGGUUGCAAAAAUACCAAGAUGGCGACGGCCAAAAUGCCAAACUUAAGGCUUCAAAACCGUAGUCCACAAACCGAUGGGUGACUUAGACCAUAUAUAUAUAUAUAUAUAUAUAGUUUAUGACUCAGACGUUCAUGGUCCCCAGAGGAUGAUUUGUAAUCACUCUGCCGAUGAAGUCUUUAGGUUAUAAAUCUUGCGCCGUCCUCAGCAGUACUUUGUGUUUUGCGCUAACGAGCUACAUUUUGCACAUUAACACGCUAAACUCAGAAGUUGAACAUGCUAAAUAUUAUAUCUGCUAAACUCAGCUCAGUAUUGUGAAAAAUGACACAGAUUUCAGAUCAUUUUCUCCAUUUCACAACAGUUUUUUCCCCGUUUUUAAAAAAAUGUCAUGUGUCAUCACACACAGGGCAGUGUGCACUGUUUGUGAUCACAGACAAAGUAAUCAAAACAUGAUUUAUCAAAGUGCUAAUUGGGGAACAAUAUUGUUCUGAGUAAGAGCAAACUUUGAAAAGAAAAGAUUCUGAAAGAAAAUCUGCAAUAGUCGUUUUAUUGGAUUAUUUCACAACUUUAUAUGUCUUUUGUUUGGAUGUAUUCAUAUGAAUAUUUAUUUCAUGUUUUACUUUUUUAAAGCUUUGUGGCUGCUUAUUACUACUUUCAAAUAUUUGAUUUCUGUAAAUUGCCUAAAUGUCUGCCUGCCUGAGCAAGGAAAGGCUUUAUCCAAGCUUCAAGCAGAACUCAAUAAACUCUAUUUUUCAAUUGAAUACA